CGAAAUUGUCCAGUCGGUUUCCGUUAGAUUUGGGAAGGAGAUGGUCAGAGUUUGUUUUACAGAUGAACAGUCCGCUGUGACCGUGAUGGACGAGAGUCGACAAAACAAUACCGGAGACUGCUAAAAUAAUGUUUCAGCUGCUUUAACGUGCUCUACGAUGGCCAUCAGGGAACUGAAAGUUUGUCUGCUCGGGGACACAGGCGUGGGGAAAUCAAGCAUUGUGUGUCGAUUCGUUCAAGAUCACUUUGACCACAACAUCAGUCCAACGAUAGGUGCAUCUUUUUUAACUAAGACUGUCCCCUGUGGAAAUGAACUUCACAAGUUUCUGAUUUGGGACACUGCAGGGCAGGAACGAUUUCAUUCGUUGGCUCCCAUGUAUUACAGGGGCUCUGCAGCGGCCGUCAUUGUUUACGACAUCACAAAGCUUGACUCUUUCCAGACAUUAAAGAAGUGGGUGAAGGAGCUGAAGGAACACGGGCCGGAGGAUAUAGUCGUGGCUAUAGCAGGAAAUAAAACCGAUCUGGGUGAUAUCAGGGAAGUUCCAACUAAAGAGGCAAAAGAUUUUGCAGAGUCCAUUGCAGCCAUAUUUAUGGAGACCAGUGCCAGAAAUGCAGUAAACAUAGAGGAGCUGUUUCAGAAAAUCAGUCGACAGAUCCCUCCGCUGGAGAACACAGACGCUGACAGCCACGAGUCCUUUAAACUGACACGACAGCCUCCUCCCUCCAGCAAACGCUGCUGUUAGACAUCCAUCCGCAAGUCACUACAAACACCCUACAACAUGAUUUCCUGUGCUAUUUGACCCAUGCGAUACAUAGAUGAGGAUCACAAUACACACAAAUCAAUGUGUGUUAAUGUAGGAGUCUAUAAACCUGAUGUGGAAAUGGUCACAUGACUGAUAGACACACAUAUUGCAGUAGGAAACACAGCAAUUCUGCCUCUGAACCAUUCUGUACCAAGUCAGAAUGUUUUCUGAAUAUUGCAUUGAAGACACGAGACAUGAGUUAUCUCAACAUGGAAUAGUUUUCUUAUUAAGUCUUUUUAAAUUCAGUAUUGUGACAAAUAGUAAUGCUAGUAGUUAGCACAAAGUUUACACAAGAAUAAGUGCCUUAGAAAAUGCCAUUUUUAUGUUUGGCAUUGCCGUUUUGAUACAUAAAAACAAUAGUUUUAAUAGGUUAGUUCUAAUCUGGCUUUAUUUGACCACUUACGAUGACAUAGGAUCUGAUGAAGCCUAGAUGAACGAUUGACAUUCGCAAAUGUGUUGGUCACACUUUAUAUUACAGUGUUCAUUGUAUUAUGUAUUUACAUACCACUACUGCUUCAUACUAAUAAACCGUGUUUUUAAUAUGUCUUUUUUGUAAAGCUGUGUGUAAUUGCACAUAGUAAUUGUUUUUAUUUUAAUAAUUCUUUAUACGGACACUGUAAAAUAAAGUGUUGUCAAUCUAUUAAUCCUAAAAAUAAAUAAUGGUUAAAACUGGUUAUUGGUUAAAAA